AAAUGAAUAAUGAUUAUACAAACAACAAUGAAAAUUUAAACGGAAUAAAUCUUCAAUUUACCUUAUUUCAACUAUAGAUAUAUGCAUCAGAAUUGGAUUAAUUUUUUUUUAUUGAUAAUCCAGCGUUUAAUAGAAUAGCUGAAUUUGAUGAAGAGGAUGGAAUGAUGGCAGAGUUGAGAUAACCUCGUCGAAGAGAGAGACAUUCACCUAGGUAAUAUUUAGAAAGUAGCAUAGGGAAAAAUAAUAAAACCUUUCAAAAUAUUAUUAAAAGAGCACGGAGCCAAUAUAAAAUGAUCAUUUGGAUUAAGGAUAACCACACAUCAAAGUUACUUCAUUAAGAAAUACGAAUGUUAAUAGUGAAUAUUUUAUUAACGAAUUUGGGUAAUUAUAAUAAGGAUUUUUAUAGACUUAUUGGCUCUUUAAAAAAUACAAAUUCUAAGGAUAUUUUAAUCGGAAGAUCUCAUCGAAACUAAAAUCCAGAUCUCAUUCCUAAUGAUAUAAGUAGAAUUAAAAUAAUAUUUUUGAUUAGUGUUACCAGAUGAUCGUGCAAUCUCAAGGAUUCAUUGUAAAAUAGUUUGUAAAGAUUACUUCAGAAAAAAUUAAAUUCUAAGGAGAAAGUAUCAAUUGGCUCUGAAAUACAUCAAUUUAUCAAGAUAUCUCAAACAUAAAAUAAGUUAAUUUUUAGAGUAUUUUUAAAUUAUAAAUAGGGAACCAAAAAAUGUUUACAUUUAAGAUUUAGGAAGUAUAUAUGGUACAUAUCUGAGAGUGUUCAGAUAAGAACCAUAUUUAUUAUCUUAAGACAAUAAAUUUAGUAUAGGCAGUGAAACUUAUUUUAACAUUGUGUUGAAUGAGACAUAUAAAAUAAACUCAAAAGAGAUAGAUUAAGAAUUUUACAAGACUUUGAAAGCACUUUCUUGUUUGAAAUUUUCAUAAAAACAUGAAAUCCAUUUUGGAGAUAAAUAAAAACCAUAAGAGUUCCAGCAAUUAGAAGAGGAGGUAACAAAUGUGGGGUUUAAAGACCUUUAUAAUAAAUUAAAAGAAUAUAAUGUUCCAAUUUUAGGAAUUAAAUUUUCUGGCUAAGGAUUUGAUUCAAAUAAGCAAUAAUAUAUUCUUAUAGGGAAAUCUAAUUAGGAUAGUGAUGAAUUCAGCAUAGGAAGAGGAGCAGAUAAUACGAUAAAAAUCAACUCCAACACUAUUUCUAGAAAAUAAUGCAGGAUUAAAUAUUCAGCUUAGUAAAAAGGUUUCUAUAUAAUAUUGUUAGAUAUCAAUCAUGGGUGAUAUCGGAUGGACUAUAAGAUAGAGAUUCAGCCAAUGGAACUUGGGUGAGCCUUUAAACAGUCGAGUAAUCAGAAAAGAAGAAGGAAUCAAAUUAAAUUUUAUUGCAAAAUAAUUCAGAAAUAAAAAUAGGGGAUUUCUUCUUAAGAGUGGAAUUAGUUAAAGGUAGGAACACUAAUUUUGGAUAAUAAAUUAAAGAAAUGCUGUCUCUUUGA